AUCCCUUGCGUGUGAGACAACACCCGAGAGAUGAGAUCGAAGAACAAGGGAUCUUCCGAAAUAAUAUCUAUAAUGUAGAUUUCUGUUUUAAAAGAAAAUGCAUUUGGCAGAUAAUUGUAUCACAGAAAGACGCAUAAGAUUCUGAUGCAGAAUACAUUAAAUUAAGAUUAAUGAAAAAGAGGGAAGGAAUGAUGCGUUUGCAGUUUAAUCGUUUUAUGUAUAGGUGUGACAGCGCACAUUAACGCAGUGCAAACGUGCUAAAAUACACAGUUCUGGGUUUAGAUUUUUACAGACAACAAGAUGAGCAGCGGCAGUAAGCGAGAGAGAGAACAGAGGAAAAAACUGCAGCACUUUCUGACAGACCUGGCCUUAUUGGGAUCAUUGCAGGGUUUCCGGUACUUUCAACCUUGGCUGAGGGGGAGAGAGGAGCUACUCCUGACAGUAGUCAAUGAAGACCUGGGUUGGCGUUCCCCUGGGUUCAUGGUGUCGGCAGCGUCCUCCUUCAGUAGCAGUUCCUCAUCCAGCAGCACCAGUAGCACUUACAGCCUGGCUAGUGACGCCAGCUCCCCCCUGCCCGGGGACCACCAGGGGCCUCAUCAAGGCCCUCAGGGGCCACAAAGCAUGCCAAGGAAGCAGCAGCACUCAUCACAUGGGCCCAACCACCAUGCCCACAAGGGCAGCAGUGAGGCCCAUCUCCUACCAGCCUCCCCCAGUGAGAGGGAGAUAGCAGUGCCUGAAGUGAAUUGCACUCUUUUCCUAUUGGCUGGCUACGCCAAGUAUGGUCGCCCGUACGCCUGGAUAAGGUCCAAUCACGAGCGCCUGGUCAACAUUGGAGGCACUGAUUCGAUGGUCAAGGACACGCCCAUGAAACUCAAGGCCAUCACGGACUGGGGAUCACAAGGAAUACGGGUAUGGGAUGUAGUGAGUGAGCUGGUGUGUCUGUGCACCGUUCCAUCUCCCUCCAACCCCUUUGCCCUGGACAUGCGCUACCUGAAAAGCCUUCCUCUCCCAGAGCGCUUCCUGGUCUCUGGGGCUCUGCUUAACUUUCUGGAAACCUACGCUGUCUAUGGCAACCGGGAUGAGCUGCACUACGACAAAGUCGUAGAAGAGAUGAAGUCUCUGAGGCGUCUCCAUGUCCAGACUCUGUCUGAGGUCCAAAGAAGACCGGGCAGAAGCACCAGGCCAGCCUCUCCCGUUUCAGGAGAGUCCUCAGAGGAAGAGUGACAAAGGUCAUAUUCUUUAGUGCACAGCACACCGUAGCAAAACGCUUUGCAACGAAAAACUUUAAAAAACUACAGUUUCUUAUAGGGCAAGUCCAGGGGUGCUUUCAGUUCAAUAUAACAUUUGCUAUGUUGCGUAAUGGUUUGUACUGAACGACACGUUUCCCCAAAACGUUCAACGUUCUUAAACAAGACUUUGAGGUACGUUUGCUCCGAUUGGUAAUGUAUCAACUUCAGGAUGUUUUCUUCCUUUUGGUGCCCCUGAACACAACCCUGAUGUGGUGGUCAGAGUCGACAUUGUAGGAUGGAAGGGGGUACUAGCAUAUCCCUAUGUUUGUGCAUUUUUAAUAUAGGUAAACAUAUAGCCAUAUUGAAUGAUUAUUUCCCCAACAGAGGUGUGAUCAAUGUGCCAAUAAGACAAUACAAAAGGGAACUAUUAUUUGUCCCCCCUGAAAAAUGCUCUCAUUCAAAUGUGCUAGGCCCAUAAAUAGGGCACAUUUGAAUGUAUGGUACUCCAUUUCAAUGUGUUAAUGUACUGUAAUUUCACCUCUGUCACAGUGAUGUAGAGGUAAAUGUCAGUUUAAGCAAUUAUGAAAUGGGUCAGAAUAAAGUAAAGUAUCCUAAGAA